GGUGCGCGCCCAGCCGGCCUCGGUUCUCCAGAGCGCGCCUGGCCGCCUAGGUCUCGGGAGCGCGCUGUUCGCGAUCGGGAGCGCGACAGGCACGGGCAGAGCGCGGCGAGGGCUGCGUGGCGGUUCGGUUCGCGGCGCGGUUCCCUGUCGCCGCCCCACGCGCGGACGCGUCCCGCAGCGGCCUGGAGGCCGCGAAUCGCCAUGGGCCGUGGGCCGGGAAGUACGGCGGCGGCGCUGCUGCUCGGGCUGCUGGCGCAGUGCAUAGAGGCCAAAAAACAUUGCUGGUAUUUUGAAGGACUCUACCCAACAUAUUAUAUAUGCCGCUCCUAUGAGGACUGCUGUGGCUCCCGGUGCUGCGUGCGGGCCCUCUCCAUACAGAGGCUGUGGUAUUUUUGGUUCCUCCUGAUGAUGGGUGUGCUUUUCUGCUGUGGAGCCGGCUUCUUCAUCCGCAGGCGCCUGUACCCACCGCCACUGCUUGAGGAGCCCGCGUUCAAUGUGUCCUACACCCGGCAGCCCCCCAAUCCCACACCAGGAGCCCAGCAGCUGGGGCCGCCAUACUACACAGACCCUGGAGGACCAGGCAUGAAUCCUGUCGGGAACAUGGCGAUGGCAUUCCAGGUGCAGCCCAACUCUCCCCAGGCCUGUGUGGCCUACCCGCCCCCUCCUUCCUUCUGCAGCACUCCGCCACCCCCCUACGAGCAGGUGGUCAAGGACAAGUAGGCCACUCCGCGGCCAGGGCGGCAGAGGGCAGGCUCCUCUCCUCUCUCCAGAGCAAGCACAACGCCCUCUCUUGUUCCUGUGGAGGACGAUGUCUGAACCACACUGUGUCUCUGUUGCUUCCAUUUCGACGUGGUCAGUGCUCUCCAGCGACGUGGUGGCUGUGCCCAGGGUGACCAUGAGAGAGACUGGGGGGGGCAAGGUGAGGCAAAGCCGCAGCAACUGAGUUGAUUGUCACACUUGGGGACAGCCCCAAGACACUCUUCCAUCACCACCCACAUCCUGUAGCCAGGCCUCCUCUGUGUAGACCAGAGACCCCAUAGCAAAUGAGGAUGGGGGCCACGUCAGCUUCUCCAGCUCGUUACCUGAACGCUAUAAGCAAGCCCUCCUCACCCAGACCUGGACUGCACCCAGGGCUCUCUGGCGUGGGCUCUGUCCUGUGUUUCUGGGGUCACAGCCCAGUGGUUCCCAAGCCCUUCCCCAGGACUGUGCAGGUGGACAUAGGGGGAGGACACAGCCAGUGUGGGAGGCCAUGUGACCACACCUGCAAUCCAGGGGCUGUAGCAGGUAGCAGGAAGGCUGGGGGUUGCUGAGAAGACAAGAGGUUGGGUACAAGGUGGCUCUGGCCAUGCCAUUCACAUUACCAGGAAGGUGUAAGAGACACAGACCAUUUACCCUAGGAUCUACGGUAGUGGCAGGAGUUGGAGGGAGGAAGGGGCUUGGCCCCAGCAGA